CCGUUCUCCACUCUUCCCUUCGACCCUCUAUUUUACAUCUCCAGUCGACAAAAUGGUCCGCGAUUCAUCAUGACUUGGAGGCCCUCCAAGAUACCAUAUAAUUCGAGGAAUCGUCUCGCAAACGUUCAUCGACGCCCUCGUCCUCUGCAAAUCUCUUCAUCAUCAUUCGUGCAACUAAACCAAGCGCGCAGCUUCAACAUUCCCUUGGAAGACCCGACUGAAAGAAAACCAUCACCAGAUAUUGAGGACAAAAGAUCUGACCGUAUAGCUUUCACACAACUGCCGGCUAGGGUAACAGUAAAGAACAAGGUCUUAACCCCGAGGGAAAGCAAGAGAUUUUACAGUCAAUCUGUACGAAAGAACAAUAAAAUAUCGUCAAGAUACUACAAAACGAUAACGUACGUAAGGGACAGGGGAGCAGGAGCUCAAGCGCUUACUCUGGAGCGAAAGGGAGAAGGCACAAAUCAGCAGGGGAAAAAACCGACAACCAAGCAGUCCAAGAUUGGCCGGCGUAAAGGCUUCAAAAUCAAUUACGACCUCGGUGCCGACGACACAUCUAACAUGCACAACAGCUCUCCUAUACGGAGGGUUUUGACCCAGUCUCAGAACUUUCGUAUACGGCAAGUCUUGACGACAGCACCAAGAGGUCCGGCAUACUCCACAAUGAUCAAAGCCGACACUACUGCAGGCCACAGCUGGUACUGGGAAACCCUCGCGCCAACCUUUGCUCAAAAAGCGCAAGCAAACCUCUACUUCACACAGCAAGCAUCACCAAAGAUCCUGACAUCGGUCGCGCAAUUCCGUCACUUCCCCGAAAGCAACGUACCCGAAGUCGCCUUUGUAGGACGCAGUAAUGUCGGCAAAUCGAGCCUCCUCAAUACACUCGUCAAUACCAAACUUCUCGCCCGCACAUCUGCCACCCCUGGCUUCACAAAAACCAUGAACCUUUACGGCAUUGCGCCAAAAAACAAUAUCAUGCUAUCCAAAUCACCUACCGGCCACGAGAAGAUAACCGGUGCAGGCGCCCUCACUAUAGUUGAUAUGCCUGGGUACGGCGAGGGUUCGCUGACGGAAUGGGGUACCGAAAUCAUGAAGUAUCUCCAGAACCGCAAACAGCUCCGCCGUGUCUUUGUUUUAAUUGACGCCAUGCACGGCAUCAAAGAGAAAGACCAGUCGCUUCUGUCUAGCCUUAGAGUAGGCGGUAUUCCGCAUCAAGUCAUUCUUUCCAAACUUGACAGAAUAUACGUCCCUGCGGGGAAGACGAUGAAGAAUCGCGAUGGACGUUCGAUUAAAAAGAAGGGAACUUUGCAAAGCUUGGAGCUUGCUAUGGCGGACUUCAGGGAACAGAUCCAGCCGCAUGGAGUUGGGGCUCUCGGUGAGCUGUUGGGAGUUAGUUCGGAGGUUUUAAUCGAUGGGAAAGGGUUGGGUGUGGAUGCUGUGAGGUUUGCCGUCAUUCGAGCUGCCGGAUUAACAUUAGGAGCCAAAGGCAAGGUGGGAGUGAAUCUUGCCAGAUAUACUGUGGUGGACGACUCCAAGUCGCCCUGA